ACCUUUACCACGCUACCUCACUCAGUCCAAGAAAGCUAUCCAGCAGGAUAACUAAGGAACGAGAAGAAACUAACCUACAGCGAACUCGGAACUUUCGCAUCACUGAUUUUCACACAUCUCCCUUUUUUCCUCUCGGAUUAUAAAAGGAGCAAACACUGCACAAACAUGCCUGUGUCUAGAAUGAGAAUGAGGCCGUGGCUGGAGAAGAUGAUCGAUUCAAACACCAUCAGCGGGCUGCAAUGGGUGGAUAAGGAGAAGACAAUGUUCUCUAUUCCAUGGAAGCACGCUGCUCGACAUGGUUGGGAGCUUGACAAAGACGCCUGUCUGUUCAAAGAAUGGGCCAUCCAUACAGGUAAAUACACGAAGGGACAGAAUUGUGAUCCCAAAACUUGGAAAGCCAACUUCCGAUGUGCCAUGAACUCCCUGCCUGACAUUGAGGAGGUGAAAGACAAAAGCAUCAACAAAGGCCACCAAGCCAUGCGGGUCUUCAGAAUGCUGCCUGCUGUCUCAAAAAACAAAGACAAAAGGAGCAAAUCGAGGGACACCAAGUCAAGGAAGAAGAGACAAGCAGUUAAGGAAGAGAUGGAGUCAGACUACAGCGACACUCAGUCUCCUGUAAACAUGUGUCCGCCCGAGGAAACCAUGUCCACUCAGGAGAACACAGUAGACAGCACAGUGAACAUGGAGCAUGCAGGAUUCGACUGUACAGGUGAAGUUCCUGAGUUGUCCCUCUUAGUGGAGAUUGAGACAGAUCCUCUGCAGAACCACUUUUCCCACAGAUUUGAGGUUUCUCCUGAACACAACCUUGAAUACGACUAUCAACAAGACGUCAUUGAGAUUUGCAAGAUACUGGAGAAAGAAUCACAGUGGAUGAGCAAUACAGACAGCAGGGGAUUCCUUCACAAUGAAGCACGCACCAGUCCAGGGAGUAAUUGGAGUGAGUCUUCCUCAGAGUUAGAAGACCCACCACAGUACACAACACUGGACACAAACUUCCAGAGCAACUCGUACGAAUUCUGGAACAACUUUUCCUUGAUGUGAGAUCUCCAUGACCGGACAGGAGGAACUCUUUAAAAUUUUGGACUGUUUUUAAAGCGCUUCCUGUUCACAAGCUCCACCCCACCAGAGUCAACCCCGCCACAUUAAGCUAUCAUGCAAGCCCAUGCAAGCCACUCUGUCAUGUGUGGACAGUUGUCCUCAUCUCUUGUAUCCGCCGAUGUGAAGUUAUGAAGAAUUUGUCUGUGUUACAGAAGCUUAGAUGUGUGCAUAUGGUUUUGGCUGGUUCAAAGCACUUAUGUUUUUACUUUUUACCAUACAGAUUUUAAGAUCGGGCAUUACAUCAUGAUCCAAAAAAGUCAGUAAUUUGGAGAUACCUCCAAAAAGAAAACUACACACUGAUAUAAAUAUUUAACUUAGGUUGAAGUGCCAUUUAUUUUAUCACAUACAUAUUUUUUCCGUUAGACUUAUAAGUGACAUUUUGUUAAUGGGGUAAAUGCAUUCUAACAUCUCAACUCUUGACAAGUAACUUCAUGUGAAAGCACUUCUACAUGUUUCCUUAAAGCAUUUGUACAAAGUGUAUAUAUUUGUGUUUGUGUGUUUUUUUACAAAAUAAAAAGUGUUUUAAAAUAUGAA